AUGGGUUCGGGACUGCUUUUGCUCGCCAUUGAGAUUCUGGAUGCUAUCGGCCGGGCUUGGGUCCGGCCAGGGACUGGCCAGGGUUCAGGUCGUUUUGCGCCUGGGUUGGCCCCUGGCCCGUUCCUCGCCGCACUUGACACUUCGUCCGCUGGGGAACCAUGGAUGAUGGAACCGAAGAAAACGACAAGCUUUGCGGCUGUCCAGCGCUACACACCACUCCCCGCCACAUGGGACCCGAUAACGGAGUAA